AUUUCCUUAACUGUAACCGCCCUCUCAAUUAUUAUACCGGCAUACUCCAACAACAGGCCAUUUGGGGCAAGUGAGGAAUAUGUGCCUGUGUUCGAGAGCAUAACGCGUGUUUGGACACCAAUUUUUUUUUUUUAAUCCCUUUUUAUCUGAGGACAUAUCCAAGUGAGACAAGACAAUCAAGAAAAGCCGAAAUAGGAUUUUAAAGGAUUGUCAGAAAGGGUUAUUCAACGUUGAAUCCUAUCAGCUUUUCGCACAUAAACCCUAGACCGACCUUUGACCUUUAGAUUGAUUGGAUUAGAUUCAGAAUUAGCUGUGAAUUGGAGUUAAUAAGAUACUCUUCAGUUUCUUUCUUUAACCACACAGCUUUUACUCUGAGAAGGACUGUUGGAUAAAUCUCCAGACUUACAAGAAGCCAUACCCAAGACAGCGCUGCAAUCAUGGGGGAAUGGGGCUUCCUCGGUGGUCUCUUUGAUAGCCUCCAGGCCCACUCGCCGAUGCUUGGACGUUUCUGGCUCUUGUUGAUGCUUGUUUUUAGGAUUUUGAUCCUGGGAACUGUAGCCAGUGACCUGUUUGACGACGAGCAAGAGGAGUUUGCCUGCAACACCCUCCAGCCGGGCUGCAAACAGGUGUGCUACGACAUGGCCUUCCCCAUCUCCCAGUACAGAUUCUGGGUGUUUCACAUCGUCCUCAUCGCCACCCCUUCCCUGGUUUUCCUCAUGUAUGCCAUGCAUCACAACAACAAGAGGACCAGCCAAAAUAAGACCCAAGUCUACAGAGAGGAGCUCCGUUUUAGGGGGCUUUACAUGAUCAACGUGGCCUUCCGCAUGUUGGCAGAAAUCGGCUUUUUGGUAGGCCAGUGGGUGCUGUAUGGAUUCAAGGUGGAGGCCCAGUUCCCAUGUAGCCGCUUCCCCUGCCCCUACACUGUGGACUGCUUCACCUCCCGCCCUGCAGAGAAAACCAUCUUCCUCUGCUUCUACUUUGCCGUAGGGUUGAUAUCAGCGAUUUCCAGCUGUGCAGAACUUUUCUACGGCUCCAUCAAGUGGUUCUGCUGCUCACGCCCGCCGACCCCGGAGCUCCAGAACCGUGACAACUUUGAGAAAGAAGAAAGGAUCGUGUCGGAGAGCCUGCGCGGCAGCAUGAGGCAUAAAGGAGGAACAGUGAGGAGCAACACGAGUAGGAAAAGCUCCAGCAUUGGACACAAAAGCAGGGGUGGCAGAUAUUUGAGCAGCAAGGCAUUCAUGGUGUGAGACAAACUUGAUUCGUUAUGUUGCAAUCACUUGUUUUUACUAAAUGUUAUUAUUAUAUUACUUUAUGGCAUUUCACAUAAAUGCAUCUCACUGUUAAUGGUAGAAGGAGACAUCAUAAGGAAAUGUUUAUGAGACAGUCAUAAGAGAAGGAAAUGAGCAAAGACGAGAGAGAACUGAUUGAACGUUGAACACUUGAUGACUUGUUUGGUCUCAUGAAUCAUUACAGACCGUAAAUACUUCAGGAGGGGAAACAACAGCAUUAAACUUGAUUGAGUUGUUUAACA